CCAGUGGAGUUUUGACAAUUUUUCAAAAGGAAUAACAUGUCAAAAUCUCUCCAUGGCUAUUCGUCGAUACAGAAAACACGACUCGGAUCCGAAGGAAUAUGAUCUUGCUACAGAGAACUAGGUAGUGGAGAGAACUGUUGAGCCUGCUGCAUUGGGAAAUUGACUCCACAUCAUGUACCUCUGUCUGUCAUUAUGAGGUUCCCAAAGCUAGCUUUCAUCUUUAUGUUUGUGGGAUGCCUGGUGGUCUACCUCACCUACGUCAAACGUCAUUAUGAUGACUCCAAGCCACCGGUAUCUGACCAGCUGCCCCAGUAUAGGGUGGAUACCCAUAAACAUUCAACCUCAUUUCAGGUGGUCAGUGAAAAUUUCCAGUAUGGUAUAAUGUUUGAUGCUGGAAGCACUGGAACCAGGAUUCACAUCUUCAAAUUUCAGAUGGAGCCAAAUGAAGCUCCAAAAUUAGCCCAUGAGACAUUUAGAGCUAUAAAACCUGGACUGUCUGCAUAUGCUGAUGACCCAGAAAAGAGUAAGGAGGGGCUGUUGGGACUUUUAAAGGUUGCUAAAGACACGGUUCCUGAAACGUUAUGGAGUUCUUCCCCUCUUAUGCUCAGAGCCACGGCAGGGCUCAGACUGCUGCCUGGUGAGAAGGCCACCAUCCUGCUGGACAAGGUGAGGGAGGUGUUUAGCGAAUCCUUGUUCUUCUAUAGACCGGACAGUGUGUCAAUAAUGGAUGGCACAGACGAAGGCAUGUCAGCUUGGAUUACCAUAAACUUUUUAAUAGGUAGUCUUCAUGGCACUGAGACUCCUACAGUAGGCAUGCUGGAUUUAGGAGGGGGCUCGACCCAGAUCACCUUUGCUCUACAGGAUGAAAAAACCAUCCAGACCUCACCCAUUGAUUAUGUGACAUCGUUUCAGAUGUUCAACAUCAGUCACGCCCUCUACUCACACAGUUACCUUGGCCUGGGCUUGAUGUCAGCCAGACUUGCUGUGUUGGGAGGGUUUGAAGGACAGCCUUCAGGACCCCAAGAGCUGAUUAGUCCAUGUCUAGCCUCAGAUUACUCUGGACAGUGGGAGCAUGCAGAAGUACUCUAUACUGUGAAAGGCCAGAAAGCGGGGGAGCCCAUCUAUGAGUCUUGCCUUAAAAAAGUGGAAAAGAUGAUCUACAAACGGGUGAGAAAAACAGAGGAAGUAAAAGACAUAGACUUCUACGCAUUCUCUUACUACUACGACAGGGCUGUGGAUCUCGGCCUCAUUGAUGAAAGCAAAGGGGGAACUGUCAGAGUCAGUGAUUACAUUGAAGGAGCCAAAAAAGUGUGCAAUAACAUGUCAGCCGGAGGAAUAAAUGAGACUCCGUUCCUGUGUUUGGAUCUGACCUACAUCUCUGUACUUCUUCAGGAGCUUGACUUCCCGCCUGAUAAAGAGCUGAAGCUGGCAAGACAAAUAAAUAAUGUGGAGACUAGCUGGGCCCUCGGGGCCACUUUCCAGUGCAUAGAGUCACUCCGUAAGCACGGAACGUGCUGAAAACACAGACACUCACAACGUUGUAACGCUCCACAACCCAGUAAAGCACUGGCUGGUUUUAAUUCUCUGGGGAAAAUAUCUACAUUGAUUGUAUUUGCCAUUUUGUCAUUGAACUUAUUGAAAAUGUGAGUUUUUAUACAUA